AGUCUCUUCACAUACAUAGAGAUUUAUUACAAUGGGCAGCAAGCCAACUGCUACGAAAUAAAGGAAUUCAUAUUUGAUUGCUUAACUAUCAUAAUCAAGGAGCUUCAUGGCAGUCAUAACUAUUUAAAGCUACAAAUACAAUUUUUUUGCAUAGACAAAAAGUGUGAACAUCCUUCUGCUCACCUGUGUGUUCUGAGUGAGCGUGACCAUAAAACGCUUACCUGCCCAUACGGUAAUGUUACCACUUCAGAGGUUACCACUCGACAGCGCCCAUGGCUAGGUGACAAAGUACACAUGCACGUAUAUUUGCAUGAGCAACCGCCUUUACAUGAGCUGUGUGCCAAUAUUGAAGCUAUGGAGCCAGGGAAAAUACAAUCUCUAGCUAAUCAACUUAACAUAUCAGGUGAUUACAACAGACUAGAUGGUGUGUUUGAAGCUUGGCUAAAAGAGUGCUCUAAACCAACAAGGCUUCAAGUUAUUGAAGCAUUACGUGCAAUAGGGGAAAAGGAAGCUGCAGCUGACUAUGUAAAUAAGAUUGAGGAAAGAACAUUUCAAGAUAAUAUUACAAAUAGCAAGAAACUAGAUGUUGAUACCAUUUUAUUUGCCUUAAAAAAGAUAGGAUUUGAUAUGAAGACUACUUUUGAUUUGGCUGAAAAACUUGAUUUAAGUCAGGAUUGGUACGAUGAGAAUGAAGAAAAGUAUGAAGACGAGCCUUUUGAGAAUAUUCUAAAAGAAUUUAUGUCACAUUGGCUUCAUGGUGAAGGGAAGUCUCCUAAAACAUAUGGAACACUAUGUGACGCUUUGAAAACUUUGACAAGCAGGUAUAAUGUAUUGAUUGAAGAGACUUUUUCGGCCAUGGGUAUAGGGUCUGAUGAAACACAGAAACAAGUUAAUGAUCAUACAUCUGUUAAAAACCUCCUGUUAGACAAAGCGCCUCAAAAGAGUCACCUUCUUAGGCUAUUUAACCAUUCUUCCUCCCAUUAUUCAACUAUUGGGACUGCACUUGAUGUACAAGUAGAUGACCUUUUGCACAGUCAACAAGCAGCCUCUGAUAAGCUGAUACUAGUGUUCCAGAAAUGGAUAGAUUCCAAUAAUGAUGUGACAUGGAGAAAAAUACUUCAAGUUUGUGAAGACUUUCCAGAUCAACUUGGCAAAGCAAAAGCUGAAGUUGAGAGAUUUCUUUCAUCACCUAGUGCCCUCUCUUUUACUGAUACCCAGCCAGAUGAGAAUAAUAUCUCUAAAUCUCAACCCUCCACACCUAAUGCCCUCUCUCUUAUUGAUGCUCCGUCUCAUGAUAAUAAUAUCUCUAUAUCUCGACCCUCCACUGAAACUCACUGCAGUUAUGUCAAAGUUAUUUUCAUUGCUUCUUUAAUUUCUUUAAUACUAUUAUUCAUUGUCAUUAUAAUAUCUUUUUUUUAUCAAAACUGAUAAAUUUUG